GGGGUGGGCGGCGCGCGCUCUCCGCCGGCACGCGGCGGGCUGGUGGCUGGCUGACGUCUGUUCCGUGCGCGCGGGCUCCGCGCCGGGCAGGAGCAGGAAGAGGGGGGUCACGAGCCGGGGAAGGCAUGGGGGAGAGGUUACAUAGUGAGAGCCCCCCAAGCAACAAGAGAAAGUGCGUGUUUGCCGGUGUGAGGAGAUAAUCACCCCGAAUCACAACCAGCUGCUUCCAUUCUGCUCCGGACACUCACUGUAGAGUGAGCAGCUCACAUCCCGACGUAGUCAGGGGAGAACCCCUUGGCUAUUGAAGCCAGGGACCAGCCUCAUCCUCGUCCCCACCUCCCAGCUGUAGGUGAGCGGCGGUGCCGUGAAGUAACCGAGCAGCUUGAUCUCCACAGUGGAGGCUGGACCUUGCUGGAUAGACUGCGUGGAGCAGGGGUCAGACAGACGCUGGGUGAAGGCAACAGCUCAACCGUUCGACUAAGGGAAACCUACUUGGCCUGUGUCUUUUGAAACUGUACCAGAAGGAAGCCAACACAGAAGUUCAAAAUCACUGCAGACAUUCAGGAAUUCUAUUCUUUUCAUCUUGUGGGAGGGAUAAAAAAACGCAGCCAGCACAGGGAGCCCUGGCUCACACAGCGAACAAACAGAACAAGAGAUUUCCUGUCUAGGGAGGGCCCUCAACUGAAGUGACACGUUUCCUCUUUUGUCAGGGUGACUAGGUUUAAAAAAAACUCAAAGCUGCCAAAGUCCAGUCAGCAAAGUCAGUGCUGUGCACGCAUACACGGACGAGAAUCAGGAGUGCACAGGGUCACUGAUAGCACAGUACGAGCUCGAGAGGGUUCGCUUCGCACUUGCUGUUGUCGCCUCGUGAGCCUCUCCGGCAGUAACAUGUCCAGAUAGGAUCAAAGUUCGCGUUUCCUGGUUGAUGGAGUGACAUCGGCGAGGAGUCGAGCCGCGCCCGGCCAAGGCCCCACAGGAUGCUGCGCCGGGGCAACGUGGUGGCGUGGGGCGUGCUGCUCUUCAUUGCCUGGAACUUGCUGCUCCUCUUCUUCCUGCUGGCCCGGCCCCCGGCGGGAGGGGCUGGCGGGGGUGAGGGGGGUGUCCCGGCCUCCGAGGAUCUCACCCACCAGGUGGUGAAGGUGGCCGAAGAGGUGGAGCAGGAACUGGAGGCCCAGAAGAAGCUGCUGCAGGAGAUCCAGGCGCACCAGAGCCGGUGGCGCCUGGGUCGGGGCCGAGGAGAGAAUGGGAAGCAGCAUCCCCCGGCUCCCACCUCCACCCGUCAAGCUCUGCCCCAAGACAGCCCUCUGCCCGUGCUGGUGAUCGGCUGUGACCGCCCCACCAUUCGCCGCUGCCUGGAUAAGUUGCUGCUACACCGGCCCUCCAAGGAGCUCUUCCCCAUUCUGGUCAGCCAGGACUGCGGUCAUGAAGAGACAUCCCGGGUCAUUGCCUCCUAUGGCGACCAGCUCCUCCACCUGCGGCAGCCAGACCUGAGUGAACCGCCCGUGCCAGCAGGCCACCGCAAGUUCCAGGGGUACUACCGCAUUGCCCGGCACUACCGGUGGGCCCUGAACCAGGUCUUCCACACUUACCACUACGAUGCCGCCGUGGUGGUGGAGGACGACCUGGAGGUGGCCCCGGACUUUUUCGAGUACUUCCGCGCCCUGCGGCCCCUCCUGCUUCAGGACCCCAGCCUGUGGUGUGCCUCGGCCUGGAACGACAAUGGCAAGGAGCAGAUGGUGGAGGUCGGAAGGCCCGAGGUCCUCUAUCGCACUGAUUUCUUCCCCGGCCUAGGCUGGAUGCUGCUCCGCUCCACGUGGGAGGAGCUGGAGCCCAAGUGGCCUGGCGCCUUCUGGGAUGACUGGAUGCGGAAUCCCGCCCAGAGGCAGGGCCGCUCCUGCAUCCGGCCCGAGGUCUCCCGCACCAUCACCUUCGGCCGUAAGGGCGUCAGCAAUGGGCAGUUCUUCGACCAACACCUCAAGUUCAUCAAGCUCAACGAGCGUUUUGUGCCUUUCACCAGCCUGGACCUGUCCUACCUGCAGAAGGAGCGUUACGACCCAGCCUUCAGCCAGCAGGUGUACAGUGCGCCAGCCCUGCGCGUGGAGGAGCUGCAACGGGGCGAGCGGCCUGAGUCGUCCGAAGUCCGCGUCCAGUACACCUCCCGCGAUGCCUUCAAGGCCUUCGCCAAAGCCCUGGGCGCCAUGGACGACCUCAAGUCAGGCGUACCCCGAGCUGGCUACCGGGGUGUUGUCACUUUCAUGUACCGCAGCCGUAGGGUAUUCCUGGCGCCGCCCGAGGACUGGAAUGGAUACGACCCCAGCUGGAGUUAGCCCAGCCCCGCCGGACUUCUUCAUUCCACUGAAGUGCCCCCAGCCCUCUCCUCACCCAUCUCCCUCUCCAACCCUUCCCCCACCUGUCUCUCUCUGUCCUCUUUACGCUCCCCACUCUCCCUUUUCACCCCUCUGUCUGGCUCUCCAUUCUCUUCCCUCUCUCUCUUUCUCUGCCUUUGUCUCUCUUGCUCACCUCUCUUUUCUUUAUGCCCUUUCUCUCCUUUUUCCUUCCUAGAGAUGAGGGUAGAGAAAAACAGAUUUCCCCCUUUUUGAGUGUUAAUACCCUCUCUUUCCAACCCCCACCCCCCCCCCCACCUCCUGCUGGCUGACUGGCUUCCAGUGAGGCGCAGUGGGAAGUGUUGCUGGGAGUGCUGUCAGUGAAGAGUGAGUGAGGGGGUGAGGAUUACACAGCAGUACCUCAGUGAAGAGUGAGGGUGAGGAUUACACAGGAGUCACUCAGUGAAGGGUGAGUGAGUGAGGGGGUGAGGAUUACACAGGAGUCACAGUGAAGAGUGAGGGGGUGAGGAUUACACUGUAAUCACAGUGAAGGGUGAGUGAGUGAGGGGGUGAGGAUUACACAGGAGUCACAGUGAAGAGUGAGCGGGUGAGGAUUACACAGGAGUCACUUAGUGAAGGGUGAGUGAGUGAGGAUUACACAGGAGUCACUCAGUGAAGAGUGAGGGGGUGAGGAUUACACAGGAGUCACUCAGUAAAGGGUGAGUGAGUGAUGGGGUGAGGAUUACACAGGAGUCACUCAGUGAAGGGUGAUUGAGUGAGGGGGUGAGGAUUACACAGGAGUCACUCAGUGAAGGGUGAUUGAGUGAGGGGGUGAGGAUUACACAGGAGUCACUCAGUGAAGGGUGAGUGAGGGGGUGAGGAUUACACAGGAGUCACAGUGAAGAGUGAGGGGGUGAGGAUUACACAGGAGUCACUUAGUGAAGGGUGAGUGAGUGAGGGGGUGAGGAUUACAAGGAGUCACCUCUGGCCAGGUGGCUCGGGGUGGGGUGGGGGGGGGAGGAGGUGAGUCAGACUUGAAAUGAUGACCACAGGGUCCUUGGGUUUGUCAGACACCACAUGGAAGAUGAGAUUUUGAUAACACAUUAGACACCAUGGGAGAGGGAGGAUCAGGAAGUAAUGGCUGUGGGGUGGGUUUAUCAGACUCUGAUGGCUAUGGGGUCAUGUGAGUUGUCAGUCGUCUCUACGGUGGGUGGACAUCUGUCAUCUCUGCAGGGAGGGCAGAUAGCUCUGGGGAAGGGAGGUAGGACGGAUGGCUGUGCAGUGGUCAGUGCAAGGUUCAGCUUGGGCCUGCUGUCAAAGAUUCUGGUGGAGAUGAGUAUUGCCUGGUCUCAGCAGGAACCACGGGCACUCAUCCCGCUCGGGGAGGAGGGGCUAGGGCAGGUGACAACUGAAAUACCAACAGAUUCACCACCUUCUGGCGGGGGGAGUGCUUAUUAUCCACUCUUCCUCUUGUUUAUAUCCCUUCUUCCCCGCCCUCCUCCCAUUUACGUCUUGUGAUGUCGCAUCCUCAUUCUGCCCAACCCCGAACCAGCCCGGAAGAGGGUCCCGGCAACUUGGGGGGAGGGGAGUAUUUGAGAAGGGGCCACAAACGUGAACGGAGGAAACCUUCCCGCUCUCAGUUGCGGUGAGAAAAAGACUGCAGCUCGCUGCGAUUUUUAUUUUUUAUAACAAUAAAUAAAUAUAUGAUUAUAUCUGCACAGAGCAGCUCGAUCAGAACCAGAGUUACUGGUCUGGAUGUGGAAUGGGCAAUCGGAGUGACUGCUAGCGCGCAGGGAUGAAGGGCCCCGUGGCCAAAUUGUCCGCCGACUGCGAUAUUUUCAGGGAAAAAGGGGGGUGCGGAGAGAUUGAAAUUACGGAUGGGAAAGCACUCUCAGAAAAUGAGCCAGUUGCGAGAGGUUUUCGCCAUCCACACCUGUGUUUUCUAAAAUUAUAAUUUCUAAAAUGUGUCCAAUGAUGGUUGGUAGUUCCAAUUCCCAUACAAGGUCUUACCACUAUCCUGUGUCGGGGCGGGGCGCUGGGUCGCAUCCGGUGUAAAUAAAUUUAAAAUAUGCAUCUAGGACUUGCACAGCACCUGUUUCUAAAGGUGGGGCGUUUGUAAAAUGUGAUUAUUUUCUCGCCAGAGGGUUUUUUCUCGGUAAAGCUGUGAUAGGUUGGUUCUCUGAUCUCAUUAAACACAGACGUUUGUAUGUUUCACAUUGA